UCCACACUUUUCUGGUCCCUUUGGGGAAAUGAGCACCUUCCAGACAAAUCUUUUUCCUUCGUAAUUGUUGAAGCCUGAACGCAAAUUAUAUCUCUUAAUCGGUUGCUAUUGUCUUGCGCUCCUACUGGCAACAGAACCGAACCGAAGCCUCAAAGGAGACCUAUUGAGGGGAAAAUCUAUCUAAGUAUUUACAGAAUCUCAUACCGACCUCUUAACCUUCCGAAGACGAAGAAGUAUGGGUGUGGACUAUUAUAAGAUUCUGCAGGUUGACAAGAAUGCUACAGAUGAAGAUUUGAAGAAAGCUUACAGAAAGCUUGCCAUGAAAUGGCAUCCUGAUAAGAACCCAAACAAUAAGAAAGAGGCUGAAGCCAAAUUCAAACAAGUCUCAGAAGCCUAUGAGGUUCUAAGUGAUCCCCAGAAGAGGACAAUUUAUGAUCAGUAUGGAGAAGAAGGGCUCAAAGGUCAGGUGCCACCUCCAGAUGCUGGUGGGGCUUCAUUCUUCCCAACUGGAAAUGGUCCAACGACAUUUAGGUUUAACCCCAGAAACGCAGACGACAUUUUUGCUGAUUUUUUCGGGUUUUCAAGCCCCUUUGGAGGAAUGAGGGGUGGCGUCGACGGCAUGAGAGGUGGCUCAAGGUCCUUUGGUGGAAUUUUUGGAGAUGAUAUAUUCAGUUCAUUUGGAGAAGACAGGCCAAUGAGUCAAGGUCCACGGAAGGCACCUCCUAUUGAAAACACGUUGCCUUGCAGCCUCGAGGAGCUCUACAAGGGGACUACCAAGAAGAUGAAGAUCUCAAGGGAACUCGUAGAUGCAAGCGGAAAAACUUUACCAGUGGAGGAAAUCUUAACAAUUGAAAUAAAACCAGGUUGGAAAAAGGGGACAAAGAUCACCUUCCCGGAGAAAGGAAACGAACAACCAAAUGUUAUCCCAGCCGAUCUGGUAUUCAUCAUUGAUGAGAAAACCCACAGUGUGUUUACAAGGGACGGCAAUGAUCUGGUAGUGACACAAAAGAUAUCACUUGCGGAAGCUCUAACAGGCUACACUGUGCAUCUCACUACUCUGGAUGGUAGGACUCUGAACAUUCCCAUAAACAACGUAAUACAUCCAACCUAUGAAGAGGUUGUCCCAAAGGAAGGCAUGCCAAUUCCCAAAGAACCUUCAAGGAGGGGCAGCCUUAGGAUUAAGUUCAACAUCAAAUUCCCGACAAGGUUGACAUCGGAGCAGAAAGCUGGAAUUAAGAAACUCUUGGGACCAUAAGGGACAUGGUGAAUGCCUUAAUGUAUAAUGUGUAUAAUAUUCUCUUUAUCUUGUUUGCAUCAAUGCCAAACCCUGUUAGAUGGCCGUUCUGUGUCGUUGGUUUGUGUUUUGGGUUUGAAGCGUUUUCACAGACAAUAAAACCCACCAAAAUUAGAUUGAGGAUGGAAGAAAGAAUUUACAAUUAUCUCGAUAAAUCUAGCACGAAAAGACGGAGUAAUUCGAUAUGAAUUGAUUCAAAUCAAAAUACAUACAUAGAAAUUAGCUCAAUG